AUGAAUGUCCAUCUCAUGCAAUUUGUUGUAGAGGAACUCCAUGGUGUAUCCAACUUCGGGAGUGGGAGGAGGUGCAUAUACAUUUUCCGUAUCAGCAUGCUUGAAUAUUCCAUCAACAUCUUUAAAUAUCCCCAUAUUCUUCUAACAAUUGCUACUAGUGAUUAUGCUUGUCUUUCCCAUUUUCUUAGAGGGUUUCCGAUGCAAAUUAAUUCCACAUUUUUCCAAAAUCUUGGUAAUUACUCUAGCAUAAGGAUAACCACUUGUCAAUCCUUUGGAAUAUUCCAUAUGUUGGAGAAUUACACAAGCCAAAUUAACCUUCAUAUUGCUCUUUAUGGCACAAAGAAGCAUCAUUUCCAUAUCAUCAAUUUUAGUAUAAUUGUCCCCCUUUGGAGAAAGCACAUAAGCGAGAAAGUAAUGAAGCAUACGAUCAUUCUUAGAAAUUUUUUUGCUAGAUAUAAAAAGCUUGGUAAAGGACGAAUGAGCUUGUCGGGAAUAGAAUUCUUAUUGAGUAAUCCGACAAAUGCUAAAGAAAUAUUGUGUUUUGUUAUAAGUUUGCUAACCCGGAGAGUCGGGAGCGAAACCUCGAACAAUUAUUACACCUUCACAAGGAGUACCUAA